UUCACCACCAGCUAAACCGAGCCUUAAGUUUGCCUUCAAUUUGUGGUGACCCGCCAGCAGGCAUGGCCCUUAUCUCCCGUUGAUGGCGCACUGAGCAUGUGGCUGAUCUCUGCCAUUCUGGCUUACUUCUUCUAACUUCAAUCGCCUGGACGCUUCUCGCCAAUCUCGAUUGCUCUCUUCGCUUUCCACCUCUUCAGAAAAGCUCGUGACCUUUGCGAUGGCUGUCGCUGAGCAGCCUUCGGGCUUGAUGGAUAUCGCCAGCUCAUUGACGCAGGAUGAGAUUCCGUUCAAGCUGCGAUGCGCCAUCUGCAACAAACUCGCUGUGAACGCCUUUCGUCUGCCUUGCUGCGAUCAGGCAAUCUGUGAGAACUGCCAGGCGUCUCUUCCCGAAACAUGCCCCGUCUGCGCGCACACUCCUCUCUCCUCUGAUCUAUGCAAACCGAACAAAGCCUUGCGAACUACUCUAAAGGCUUUUCUCCGCACCGAGGAGAAGAAACGCGAGAAAGAACGGCAGUCUGCCACGCCGGCAACACCCGUGGAUGCGACCCCUGUUCAACAGGAAACCCCCAAUGCAACUAGUAGUGCGCAGGAUCAAUCCGAACAGGACGUACCGACUUCUGUGACCCCUUCCGCCGAUCAAGACACACAAGCGCUACCUAUUGCACUGAACGUCUCAAAAUCGAACGCGGGCUAUGUUGCUAGCAGCGAACCUCCUGAAGCUGUUGCUGCGCAGGGCGAAAAUGACGAACAUUCUUCGGUCCCUCUACCGGAUCAGUCAGAUGAGACCGCCCAGGACGGAGCGGAUGACGUUGGUCCCACCGAUGAAGACCAGUCUGGACAGGUCAACGACGAAGAAGCCCCGGAGGCCGGCGAGUCAGACUCGAUGCUUCCCAACGGCAUGGGCUUCAACGCGGCCUCCGGAAUGUUCCCCAACAUGGGCUGGAACGUCGGGAAUUUCAACCCAAUGAGCCAAUUCAUGAAUAAUGGGAUGUUCAAUUUCCCCAUGGGAAUGCCUGGGAUGGCGAUGGACCCGAUGGCCGCGAAUCAGGGUAUGUUUGGAGGCUACGGGAUGAACAUGAAUGGCAUGAACAUGGGAAUGAGUUUCGACGCGGGUCAGGGGGUAUAUGGGGGAUGGGACGGCUCACAGAACAAUAUGUGGAAUGGAGGCCAAGAUAAAUUCAAUCCAAAUGCUUUUGCAAAUGGUAUGGGUCCGCAAUACGGGGGCCCCUCUGGCUUCGGUGGAUAUAAUAUGUCUCAACCCAACCUUGCUCAAAUGCAGCAGCAACAAUUCCCUAGCCAAGAAUAUCAGAACGGGUCGUACGGCCCCGGGUAUGGCAGAGGCAAUUUUCGGGGUCGCGGUCGUGGAUUCUUUCCUAGUGGUCGUGGCCGCGGAGGUCUUGCUGGAGGACAUAUGCAGACCACCUACCCCCCUAAUGCUAACUAUUCAGCGUUCCCUAACCAUAAUGCUUCUAAUAUGAAUCUCGACAUGGCGGCUCAUUCGCAGGAUGAGACUGCUGAGGUAUCUGGGGAGUUUGAUCACGGGGACGCUCAGGAGGCCAACCAUGAUACUGGACCCGGCGGCGAUGUGGACGGCGCACCAGACGAUACUGCGCCCCAGGAUGUCACGGCAGCAGAUGAGAAUGGUGAAAAUAGUGGAUUGGAUCCCACUGAUCUUGAUCCUGCCACUACUGCAACGGCAGCACAGGAGGAUUCCGCACAGGAAGAAACCCAGCUGCAGGGCAUCCCCACUAUCGAUAGUCUAGACCAGGUCAAUUCCAUGCAGGCCAUGUCCAACUUCCCCAUGGGCAUGCCAGGCCCGAUGGGUGCUGGAUUUGGAAGAGGGGGAGGGUUCAACAUGCGCGGCAGUCCGUUUGUCGGUGGAAGUGGGAGAGGAAAUGGCGGAUUCAAUGGAGCUCCCUUUAUGGGGACAGCAGCUCCCAAUACGAUGAUGUACCCCGAGCCUCGCGGGCAAGGUGUGGAAGGAGCGCCCGCCGCGCCUCGAGCCAUGCGAGAAGGUCUGCCCAACACCAGCGUCCUCCGACAGCGUCAUUUCCAGCAACAACAACAACAACAACAACAACAACAACAACAAAAUCAACUUCCUGGCCGAUCCGGCGCCUCCUCUGCGCAACCCUUUGGCGGGACCCCUCAAAGCGCAAGCGCUACGCCAGCACAGGACGAUCAGCGACCACGAUCGACCUCCCGCUCGAAAUCCCCACGUCCGACGUCAACUUCCCGAACAAAGAGCCGGUCUCGAUCCCCUCAGCCUUCUUCUUCCCAGAUCGACAGCCGUCGCUCGUAUCGGCAACGCUCGACUAGUGUGGACAUGACAGGAGACGAUUCCGAGCGCCGCCGCGAGCGGCCCAGACGACCUCGUCGGGACGACAAGUACGACGAGCUCUCCGGCGCGGAUGAGGGUCAUCGCACCCGGUCGCCCUCGCGCGAUUCCCGCCGGUCUACUACUGCUCAUCGUCGCGACAGGGACCGGGACAGGCGAAGUGGUCGCCGAUCGCAUCGCUCGCGCCGCCACCGUAGCUGGAGCCGGAGCCCCAACCGCAACGGCGACGAUGCGACCGCCACGGAUCGCCUAUCGUCGAUACCUGAGGAGAAUGUUGCCCGCGACAAACCUGCCAGUGGCGACAGUCACCGGGCCGGCAAAGACCGCUCCAGCCGCUACGAUGACGAUCGAGAUCGAGAUCGGGACAGGGACAGGGACCGCGACCGCGACCGCGAUCGGGACUCCAAGCGCCGUGACCGAGACCGUGAGUGGGAUAGAGAGCGCGACCGUGCUCGUGACCGUGAUCGAGAUCGCUACCGUGAACGCGACAGAGAUCGAGAGCGCGACCGCGACCGCAGCCGUGACCGUCACCGGGACAGGGACAGGGAUCGCGACCGGGACAGGGACAGGAAACGUUCUCGCCGUGACCGCUCCGGGUCUCCUGCUGGUAGUGAGUACUCCUCGCGCCACCAUCACUCUUCUCGCCGAGACAAACGCGGGGGCCGCGAUGAAGACGGUGGGGGGGAGCGCCUGCGCGAGAAGGCCACCACCGCUUCGGCUGCUGCAAAAGCUGCUGGCGAGUCUGAGAAAGACCCCCACACUCUGGAGCGUGAAGCCCGCAACCGCGAGCGUAUGCUGAAAGAGCAACAGCGUCGCGAGGCCAUGCACGCAGACCGCGAUGGCGGCAAAUCGGCGCGUAAGCGGGACGGACGCGGGCUGAGUGGUGGCCGCCGUCUCAGUUACAAGUACGAGGAUGACGAGACGGAUGAUGCUCGUGCCGCUCGUGUCGAAAAGGAGAGGGAAGCCGGCCGCUGGUAGUGCAUUUACUUUCUCUCCCUUCUCUCUCUUUUCUUUUAACCCUUCCCAUCCGGAUCGUCACCAUCUAUUUCCCCUCUCACCUAUCUGCUUCUCGUGAUACGAUGAAGAGCAUAUAAAGCACAUCCAUCGGAGCUUGACCAUAUUCUCGCCUCAUUUACCAUCAAUGCCCUAUCAUACCGGGUCCCUUUCGUCAAACAUGUCUUCUAGGAUGCAUGUGCUGUAACCUAUGAAGGCAUCAUUUGUCUACAAUGAAGAUAAUCUCGCAUUCAUGAUUUGUACGCUUGAUGGAGGAAGGAAAUAGGUAGCAGGAGGUCGCAAAAGAUGAGAUAGUAUCAACAAUAAAAC